AUGUACAACGUCCCACUGUCCAUAUUGUGGCCGAGCAACGUGUGGAAGUUCUUCCGGGAACUGUAUCCUUCGAAACCUCAGUGGUCCGCAGAUGACAUUCCUGAUAUGACAGGAAAAGUUGUGAUCGUGACAGGUGCAAACGCGGGUCUUGGCCUUGAAUCGGUGGUCGCCCUUGCCGCGCGCGGUGCCAAAGUUUAUGCCACCGCCCGUUCACAAGAGAAGGGUGCCACGGCACUCAACCGUAUCAACGCCCGUUUGUCGAAUAUGUCACAAUCCACGCGCGGCGAGGUUCACUUUUUGUGUCUGGAGUUAAACGACUUGAAUAGCGUCAAGGCUGCCGUAGAGGAAUUCCUCAGCAAAGAGAGCCGGCUCCAUAUUCUACUAAAUAACGCUGGAAUAAUGUUGCCCAAGGAAGACAAGCCCAUCAAUGGCAUCGAUCUACAAUUUGCUACAAAUGUGCUGGGACCAUUUGCAUUCACUCGCCUUCUCUUGCCCACUCUACUUCUAACAGCUAAACAAUCAGAAGAGGGGACAGUGAGGAUUGUCCACUUGGCCUCCAUUGCCCACAUGGCUGCUCCUCCAGGCGGUAUCAGAUUUGACGCAAUGUCUGAAGGGAAGAUUUUCCAUCGUUACGCACAGUCGAAAAUGGGGAAUAUUGUGUUUGCCAACGAAGUGGCUCGUCGAUAUACAGACUCCGGCGAGUAUCUGAACAUCGCUUUCAAGGGAGGAACCCGACUAAUUGGAGCGUAUCAAGGCCUCAUUUCCGUGUCAAUUAGUCCGGGAAACGUCAGCACAAACCUGUGGAGGCAUCAGACAUCUUUCUUCACUUGGAACACGGCCGUGUCGAAGCAUCCCCCCGCUAAGGGUGUAUUGACACAGCUUUACGCUGCGACAUCGCCAGAGGUGACGAGGGAGGAUGCAGGAAUAUAUUUUGCGCCAUUUGGGAAGAGAAGCACCCCAUUCAGAACUGAGGUGGAUGAUCCAGCUCUCGGCAUGGCGCUUUGGGAUUGGUGCGAAGGUCAGAUGAAGAAACAAGCUCAUUCACCUCCGGUAUACUCCCCCCUUGCCUUCUCCUCAUAUCCGGCUCAUUCAAUCAUGGUCGCACCCGCAUCGUCAAUAGUAUCGAAGUCUACCAACACUGUCGGCAAAUCUCUGUCGAAUUCACACGCAAGAAAAACACGUCCUGCGAGGCGAAGAGGGAGGGCAGCUCUCGGUGUGGAGAGCGAUGAAGAAAUUGAGCGUGAGGUGACCUCUGAUGACAACUCGGAUGACGAUCGGUCUUCAGUUGAAUCCGAGUCCGAGUCCGAGUCCGAAUCGUUCUCGGAUGAUGCUCGCGUCAAUGGUCGCUCUGAGGUGGUCACCCCCAGCACGACGCAAAGUCCCCCACCUCAGAUUAAUGGUCAUGUUCCUCUCAAGAACGGAAUGCAGUCCAAACCUAUCAACUCUGGUCCCUUUGCAGCAGCGACAGACUGGGCAGAUAUGGUGACGGCUGAGCACGCAAAUGGCGCAGAGGAGCUCCCCGUCAUCGAUUUUGCUGAUCUUGAUCAACACGGGAUAGACCAGCCCAUCAUUGCUGGUCCUCAUCUCCGCAAGACGCAUAGGCAGGGGAAGAGGUCUCUUGCAAAUCGUUCUAGUUCUGCGCCGCCAACGUCGCCACCCCAGCGAGAUGACGGUCUUGUUGACGCACACGAAGAUGGAGAGCCAGAGCCAGUGGCGUCCACGUCUGACCACCUGGGAGGGGUACAUCUGUCGAGUCGUGUCCGCAGCCAGUCCGCUCGUCAGGCCUACCAGCAACGGUUGGAAACAGAUCCUUCCUUUGUCCCAAAGGUCGGUGAGUUCUGGGGACAUGAUGACCGUCUGUUGGACAAGGAUCUUCGCAGUCUCAGUGGUUGGUGGAGGGGGCGUUGGCAGACACGCGGUCGAGGACGAGGGGCGUUUGUUAUGCGGGGACGGGCCAGCCGGGGAUUUUACGGUGGUCGUGCGGGCCCUUAUGGGCCAAUCAAAAGUGGGGAUGACGAAGUGGAUCUGUCCAUCCCCGACGCAGAGAUUCCGCCUGUCGAGAAGACAUGGACGCACGAUGGCUUCGAAGAGAUGAAACGACGGGACGAGAAGCGUCGCGAAGUGCUGCAGCAGCGGGCACAAGAACAAGAUGGAUCCCAGCAGCAUGUUCGGUUUGGCCCGCAGCGAGGCUUUGCUCCCCGUGGAAGAGGUGGUUUUUUUGUACCUCGAGGUCGCGGUGGUUUCGUUCGCGGCGGAUCACCAAUAGGCGCUCGUGCCUCUCCCAUUGCUCAUGCCGCAGCAGGUCGCCCUUGGUUUGCUAUGAAACCCGAACGUAUGUGGACAAAACAGCACGAAGGAUUUCUGUACUUUGAUCCUGCAUUAAAACCCCGUCCGGGCCAAGGCCCGGGCUUCCGCGUGAAGUUACCAGGCAGCGGCGAUCAUAUUAUCCGGGGACCUCCUCGUUCGUAUCCGCCGUCGAAGGUGGCCUUCCCUGUUGCUGGUGGUGGAUCACAGGAUGGUAGUGGUGGGCACUUUGUUGUUCGUAUCCCUCGUCCUGGCAAGGAGAAGGUAUCGGAGGACUCUAACGAGAUUUACCCGCAAAAUUCUCUCGAGGCGGAACCUGCCACUACAAUGGCCGAGCUGUCAAUAGAAGAAGUUUUCACCGUUCGCCCAAAUCUCGUUCCGAACAGAAGGGUCGACAUUCCUAUGCUUAUGCCACCACCGAUUGUCAACGUUGUUUCGCAUGCAGAGUCGUCUGGAGUACCUUCAUCGCCUGCCAGCAUACCGAUGUCUCAGGCGUCAACUCCUACCUCAAGUCUAAGGAAAGCGGAGUCGAACUCCCGACAACAUCAGCGCGACCAGAUGGAGCUUGAAUCUCCACUAGUCCAGCCAACCAGUUCGUCCCCCAGCGCUCUCUUGAAGGAAACUGUACUGCGCCGCCCUUCAUUGUCAGCCGAAGUUCCCACAUCACCUGUUGUCCCAACAGAAGAAUCGUCACGGCCUCCCCCUCCCACACUGCCUCCAUUGCAGACGUCUUUUUCACCCGUUCCACAAACCUCACCGCCGUACGGUUCUCCGUAUGCUUUUGGGCCCCCGGUUCCUCCUAACAUGGGCAUGCACCAACACGGCAUGUCAUAUGAGCUCGCCGCUGGCCGUCCUUAUUACUUCCAUCAACAAACACCUCCGCCUAUGUUUACCCCUCGCCCCAUGAUGCAUCCACACGUACACCACCACACUGUCAAUGCACCGUACAUACCUCCACACAUGUUUCCCCAUUCGACCGCAUCCCAGGACUUCCUCCCUCAUUCACACACACCACCUCUGGGUUCGUUCUACGAUCCAACAACGGGUGCUCCUAUUUUCGCACCUGCACGUCAGAGCAGUCGUAUUGAGAUCCGUGCGCCAACGGAGGUUGGUGAGAGCAAGAAGUCGACCUCUCGUCCCUCCGGGCUUCGAGUUUCGAUGUCAAGUACAGAGAGCUACCCCGCGCCUGAAGAUCAGCAACCCUCAUUGGAGGUGUCCCAGGACAGUGAAGAGGCGACAGCCACGAGCGAAGCACCACUAUCUGAGCAACCACAGACGCAAGUAUUGGAAGCACCUAUGCCCUAUCCACCUUACCAGCAGCAGUACUUUUAUCCUGAGACUUACGCUUAUCAGCCUUACAUGGAUAUGUCGCCGCAGGUGAUGCAUUACGAGAUGUACUCCGCCGACCAUCGCCCUGCUCCUCCACCUAUGAUUUUCUAUUAA